UAAGGGACGGACUUCCGUCUUUCAAUGUUUGCUCCAGGUUUCUGGAAUUUACCGUCUAGUGAUAUUUCCAGAUAGAAACCUCACUGGUACACAGACACGGUUGUCGCGUUGUUGGGGGUUUUUCGCAUGAGGCAGGUGGACUAAAAGUCCAACAGUUUAGUCUGAACUGAAACUGUCACUGUUUUUAACGCCUCUUUAACUGAAGCUAGCUGGCUAGCAUUAGCCAGCUGAGUUAAACCGCUUAGCAUGUUUCGCUUCUUGAGUGACGCCGAGGACGAUCCAUUCAUGAUGGAUCCAUUUGCUGCCCACAGACAGCAGAUGAGGAGUAUGUUUGGACCGUUCGCCAUGGAUCCAUUUGCUCUUGCUCCCCAGAUUCAGCCGCAUCGUGCUGCACGCAGACAGGCGGGUCCCCUUGUUCCCUUUGGCAUGAUGGGAAUGGGAGGAGGAUUCAUGGACAUGUUUGGCAUGAUGGGAGAAAUGAUGGGAAACAUGGAAAGAAUGACUGGAUCACCGAACUGUCAAACAUUUUCGUCUUCAACAGUGAUCUCGUAUUCCUCCUCAGACCCGGGAGCUCCUAAAGUUUAUCAGCAGACAAGUCAAACAAGAACAGGCCCUGGAGGAAUCCGUGAGACACGGCAGUCAAUGAGAGACAGUGAGAGCGGCCUGGAGCGUCUUGCCAUAGGCCAUCACAUCGGGGAGCGAGCACACAUACUGGAGCGCUCUCGAAAUAGGCGCACUGGGGAUCGAGAGGAACGGCAGGACUUCAUUAACCUUGAUGAGAGUGAGGCUGCAGCGUUUGAUGAGGAAUGGAGGAGGGAGGCAGGAAGGUAUGGUCCCCACCAUGGCCGUGCACUGGAGUAUGGUCAGGAUCCGCGUGGAGGAGGACAGCAGUUGGCCCUUCCUGCCCCUUCCAGCUCAACACCCCCCCAUCGACAUGAGUCUCCCCGACAUCGCCAGCAUCACACACGUCCCCGUUAUGAUUGGUGAGAAGGUGUACCACUUUGCAAGGAAGCAGAUGGAAGGAACUGAGGGAGCGCUUCCCCCGAAGCUGUGAAACACACCGAAGACGGAGCUGCCCGUCAUUAAUGUUUGAUAUGACUGGACUGUCUAAACAUGUGCAACAUAUUUUACACACAGGAUCAACGAAAUAAAACAUUCUCAAUGGCUACAUUUACAGAUCAAUUUCUGUACUGUUACAUAGAGCUAUACGGACACCCCUGUGUAAAUGUGGGUGAAACCACACUCACUUUAUAUAUAAAUAUAUACUCAUUCUCAAAACUUGACAUGUCAUUACCUACUGCACUUCGCUGCUGCAGUAUUCAGUCAUUCUGCUGUACAGUCCAUUUUAUGUUUGUGAGGGCACUAGUGUGUCUGUGAAUUGUAUACUGUUACCUGAUUAAUCUAACUAAAUAAAAGUUCAUUAAACAUUGUUAGAUAAUUAACAAUGUCUCUCUUGUGAUAUUUUGCUUUGCAAAGUUUUAAACGUAUAAAUCUGGUGACAGUUGUUAAAAGUCCCCCCCUUUUUUUUUCUUUUUUUUUUAAAGGUUUCAUUUGUGCUGCUUUGCAAAAGUGUUACAGAUUCUUGAAGUUGCUCUUCUUUUUGUCACUUUGCUGCAGUGAUAGACCAACACAGGUGGUCCAAGUAUAUCGGGAUAUGGAAGGAAAACUAUGCACAAAAAAGAAAUCUUGAAAGUGACGUCCAAUUGUUUUAUGCCACAAUUACUCCAUCCUUUGUAGAGCUACCUUCACUGAAAUCACAGCAAGUGUUUUGUGGUAUGAAUAUAGCUUUGCACAUCUGUAAACUCAAGUGUUUUUAGUCCAAUUUUUCAAAAUGUAUCAAACUCUGAUUGGUUGACUGCCUCUAAUUAAACCUAAGGUUUUAGAGAGCACCUAUAUCUGCAAUAAAAAUAUAUAUUGGCGGACUUCAUAUUUUGGCUUCCGAAGGCAGAUGGUUGCACUGUUUUUUUUUUUUUUUUUUUUAUUUAGUAGUACCAAAAUAAAGUGGUCAGACUAGAAAUGCAUGCAAUGCAAUUUUCUUAACUUUGCAAUUAACUACUCUGGUUGAUCAUGUCAAAUCUGUACAUGUUAAAUUUUGUUGUGAUGCAAGAAAACCUUCAACAGAACAUAGAGAAGUAUAAUUUUCUGUCAAAAAUCUAGUACGGUGGGCUCGCAUCCUGCCUCCUGCUGAGCUCUCUGUUUCUUUAACUACCUCUGUGGCUAUUUUUAAACGUUCCUUGCAGCAGCUGCAGCUCCUGUCACCUGUCUACCUGUCUCCUUUCAUCCGCGUUGUUACAUCUCCAAUGUUCCCUGACAACAUGACCCACUUUGUGCACAGAUCUGUCUUACAAGGUUUACUUUGUUGUGAUGUCUGCUGCAUGUCUUUGAGACAGCGAUUUGUUUCCUUUUUCUUUCCCUACUCAUCCAGACUAGGAUGUACCGUAGUCAUUUCUGGACUUGACAGCAAGA